AGCAAAGUCGUCGUGCUCUGUGGGCCAGGAGUAACUUAUUCAGACCUGUGCUACCUGGGCUUCCUGCCUAUCAAGAUGACCCUACAAUCCGUGAAUACUGGAGUCCAAUUCAGUACUUUUCACAGUACAUCGAUAACAGAAUCUUUGAGGAUCUGGCAGCUUUUACAAAUCAAAGACAGCUGCAAACUAUAGGAGUGUCACUGAAUACUACUGCCCAAGAAAUUAAGAUUUUUUUUGGCAUAUCAGUACAUAUGGCCUGCCUUGGCUAUCCCAGAGUCAAAAUGUUUUGGGCUAAAAAGACUAAAGUGCCAGUUAUUAGCAGGAAAAUGACAAGAGAUAGGUUCUACAAGCUGAGGAGAUCACUCAAGAUUGUCAAUGACCUGGAUGUAACUGAAGAGGCAAAGGAGUCGGACAUUCUUUGGAGAGUCAGACCAUUGCUUGACCGCGUGAGGCAAGGUUGUCUCAGCCUUUCAAGGAGUGACAAGGUGUGCGUUGACGAGCAAAUCAUCCCAUUCACAGGCCGCUGCCCAGUUAGGCAGUAUGUGCCAGGAAAGCCAAACCCUACUGGCCUAAAGGUUUUUGUGCUUGCCUCGCCAAACGGUCUAGUCCUGGAUUUCGAGGUCUAUCAGGGCAAGAACACCUUUAUGGGCCAAAGACUGGGAGUUGGAGCUGCAGCGGUGUUGCGAAUGGUCGAGGUCUUCCAGCAACUGGAACCAUUAUGAAGAACAGGCUUCCAAAGCAAUGCCAGCUGCCAGGAGAUAAGCAUCUGAGAAAAGAAGGGAGAGGGGCUUCGGUGACAUUGGUCCGGAGGGGACCUGAGCUGGCAGUGACAAAAUGGUUUGAUAAUAAACCAGUUCUGAUGGCCUCUACUGUCUAUGGUAAAGAUCCAGAGGAUAUCUGCAGCAGAUGGUCCAACAAAGACAAAGGUCAUGUACAGGUGAGACGGCCAGCAGUAGUCAGGGAAUAUAAUAACAACAUGGGUGGCGUAGACCUCUGUGACCGAAUGCUGAGCUU